GUAUGGCCCACUGUAUGCCCUGUACCUGGGCCCUCAUUACACAGUGGUCGUGAACACCUACCAGCAUGCCAGAGAGGUGCUACUGCAGAGAGGGAAGGAGUUCGCUGGGAGACCCAAGAUGUUGACUACAGAGUUGUUGACCCGGGGGGGGAAGGACAUAGCAUUCUCUGACUACUCUCCUCUAUGGAAGACCCACCGCAGGCUAGUACACAACUCCUUUACCCUGUUCGGAGAGGGGACCACCAAACUACAGAGCAUCGUACUAGAGGCAGUGGAGGCGCUGUGCUGUGACCUCCAGGCCAGCAGGGGGCAUGCUAUUGACCCUGAUCCUCCUCUGAUGAGAGCUGUCACCAAUGUGGUGUGUACCCUGGUGUUCAGCUCCACCUACCAACCUGGUGACCCUGAGCUGACCACUGUGAUGGAAUACAACGACGGUAUCGUCCAGACCAUCGCUAGAGGGGGGCUAGUUGACAUCUUCCCCUGGCUACGGUUUCUCCCCAACCAGACUCUGACCACGCUGACAGAGUGUAUUGCCAUCAGGGAUCAGCUGCUCAGCAAGAAGCUAGAGGAACACAAGGUGUCGCUGAUCAGCGGGGAGCCACGUGACCUGCUGGACGCUCUGCUGCAGGGUCAGACGAGGAUCCAACAUAACCAGGGGUCAGGGAUCAGAGGUCAGGGGUUAGGAGCGGAGCAGGAAGAGGAGGGGAUCAGUGAUGACCACGUCUUGAUGACUGCGGCUGAAGCAUUCGGCGCCGGAGUAGAGACCACCUCAACGACAUUACUCUGGGUCCUGGCCUUCCUCCUGCACCACCCACAGGUUCAGGAGCGUGUGCAGAAGGAGCUGGAUGAGGUGGUGGGUUGUGGGAGGAGUCCAGAUGUGUCAGACCGCACUCACCUGCCCUAUCUGGACUCUGUCAUCAAUGAGGUCAUGAGGAUACGCCCUGUCAGCCCCAUCCUCAUCCCUCACACCGCCCUGACUCACAGCAGUAUCGGCGGUCAUUCCAUCUGUAAGGGAAGCCGUGUACUGGUGAACAUGUGGGCUAUACACCACGACCCGGAACACUGGGACCAGCCAGAGGACUUCAGACCAGAGCGUUUCCUAGAUGACAACGGCCAGCGCUUCACUCCUUCCUGUUUCAUGCCAUUUGGGGCAGGGCCUCGGGUCUGCGUGGGUGAAUCACUGGCCAGGCUGGAGCUGUUCCUGUUUGUGAGUGGUCUGCUGCAGAGGUUCAGCUUCAGCCCCGCUCCUGGGGUCCCUCUACCCGACCUGGAGGGGCGCCUAGGGGUGGUGCUACAGCCACUCAGAUACACCCUCACUGUUACACCUAGACCAGGCUGGGAGGGGGUGAGGGGGGGGUGUGGUGGAAGGAUUGAGGGGGAAGGGGGAAAGACUGGGGGGAGUGACUGAGAGGAGGGGGGGGGUGAGAUACUGAGGGGCCGAGGGGGAGGGGAGAGGGACUGAGGGGGAGGGACUGAGGGGGAGGGGGUGAGAUACUGAGAGGGAGGGACAGAGGGGGUGAGAUACUGAGAGGGGGGACUGAGGGUGAGAGGGGAAGACUGAGGGGGAGAGGGGGAGUGAGGGAGAGACUGAGGGGGAGGGACUGGGGGGGUGAGGUACUGAGAGGGGGGGACUGAGGGUGAGAGGGGAGAGGGGAAGAGGGAGGGGAGCAUGCAAUGCAUCUGACUCUUGGUAAUUCAAUGUUUUAAUUCAAUGUUUUAAAUGUACAUGUCCAUAAUCAAAUCAAUAAAUGAAGAUCGAUCUAACCUAAUGACAUAUAUCUAUAUGGUUCCAUUUAACCAUCACAGAGAGUACUGAUGGGAGUUAUAGUUUAGAUAUUUAUUAUCAGGCAGACGUACAGUAUAUAGACAGGCUGAUUUAGGACACAGACAGACACAGAGGGUUACUCCCUAAUCAACAGAGAUCUAUAGUAACAACUGGUCUGGGAGCAGACUGUAGUAACAACACCUCUGUUAGACAAACCAUACCACAGGAGUGGUCAUUUUAGUCCCAUAUUGGCCCUUUGAAUCCCAGAUGGGCCCUUUGAAUCAUAGACCGGCCCAUUAAAUCCCAGACUGGCCCAAUAAAUCCCAGACUGGCCCUUUGAACCCCAGAUGGGCCCUUUGAAUCAUAGACCGGCCCAUUAAAUCACAGACCGUCCCAUUAAAUCCCAGACUGGCCCAUUAAAUCCCAGACUGGCCCUUUGAAUCCCAGACUGGCCCUUUGAAUCCCAGAUGGGCCCUUUAAAUCACAGACCGGCUCUUUAAAUCCCAGACUGGCCCUUUGAAUCCCAGACUGGCCCUUUGAAUCCCAGAUGGGCCCUUUAAAUCAGAGACCGGACCAUUAAAUCCCAGACUGGCCCAUUAAAUCCCAGACUGGCCCUUUGAAUCCCAGAUGGGCCCUUUAAAUCACAGACCGGCCCAUUAAAUCCCAGACUGGCCCAUUAAAUCCCAGACUGGCCCAUUGAAUCCCAGAUGGGCCCUUUAAAUCCCAGACUGGCCCUUUAAAUCACAGACCGGCUCAUUAAAUUCCAGACUGGCCCUUUAAAUCACAGACCGGCUCAUUAAAUUCCAGACUGGCCCUUUAAAUCACAGACCGGCUCUUUAAAUUCCAGACUGGCCCUUUAAAUUCCAGGUGGGCCCUUUAAAUCAGAGACCGGUCCUUUAAGUGACUCUGAGAGGGAAAUGUGGGCCCGACUGAACUAGCUGGAUGAUCCUGGUUCUAGACCGGUUGUGUGUCUAGCUAACUGUUUGUGUUCAAUAGAUCUGGGACCAGACUAGGAUGAGGCAGGCUCCGUAAAAACCACAAGGACAGUUUCCAUGGAGAUAUGAUACUGUGAACUCCUGGGGAACAACAUCAUAUGUUGUAAACAACAAUAACAACAAUAAUAACAACAAAAUCAGAACACCAUAUGAUAUUCAUAAAGUCUCAGUGUUCCUCAUGAUCCGCUGUCAUCGACUCCCACAGUCUGGUCACAGAGGACAUGCUGGGAUCUGUAGUUCCUAAACGAACACUGCUACACUCUCUCCUAGAACUACAGUGUGUCUGUAUGCCUGGGCAUGUCUCUGGGUUUAAACUGUAGAGGAAUGGCCCGAAUGGAAACCGAAUCCCCAUAGUGCACUACUUCUGACCAGAGGCCCUAAGAGCCUAAAGUAGUGCCCUAUGAAGGGAAUAGACUGCCAUUUUGGAUGCAUACCUACUGUAUAUACUGUAUGUGAGUAGGGAGUAACUGGAACAUGUUGGCCGAAUACUGACUGACUGGCUGGCAGACUAGUUUACUGACUGACCGCAGACUGGUUUACUGACUGACUGGCUGCUUUACUGACUGACUGCAGACUGGUUUACUGACUGACUGUCUGCUUUACUGACUGACUGCAGACUAGUUGACUGACUGACCGGCUGGUAGACUGGUUUACUGACUGGCUGGUUUACUGACUGAAUGGCUGCUUUACUGACUGACUGCAGACUGGUUUACUGACUGACUUCAGACUAGUUUACUGACUGACCGGCUGGCAGACUAGUUUACUGACUGACUGGCUGGUUUACUGACUGACUGGCUUACGGACUGACUGGCUGGUUUACUGACUGACCGGCUGGCAGACUAGUUUACUGACUGACUGGCUGGCAGACUAGUUUACUGACUGACUGGCUGGCAGAUUAGUUUACUGACUGACCGUCUGGCAGACUGGUUUACUGACUGACUGGCUGGCAGACUAGUUUACUGACUGACUGGUAGACUGGUUUACUGACUGACCACAGACUAGUUUACUGACUUACCGGCUGGCAGACUAGUUUACUGACUGACCGGCUGGCAGAUUAGUUAACUGACUGACUGGCUGGUAGACUAGUUUACUGACUGACCGGCUGGCAGACUAGUUUACUGACUGACCGGCUGGCAGACUAGUUUACUGACUGACUGGCUGGUUAACUGGCUUACUGACUGACUGGCUGGUAGACUCAUUUACUGACUGACUGGUUUACUGACUGACUGGCUGGCAGACUGGUUUACUGACUGGCUGGUUUACUGACUGACUGGCUGCUUUACUGACUGGCUGGUUUACUGACUGACUGAUUGGCUGACUGGUUUACUGACUGGCUGGUUUACUGACUGACUGACUGGCUAACUGGUUUACUGACUGACUGACUGGUUUACUGACUGACUGGCUGACUGGUUUAUUGACUGACUGGCUGGCUAACUGGUUUACUGACUGACUGGCUGGCAGGCUAACUGGUUUACUGACUGACUAGGUGACAGACUGACUGGCUGGCUGCCUGGUUUACUGAUUGACUGGCUAACUGACAGGCUGGCUGGCUAACUGGUUGACUGACUGGCUGACCUAGUGACGUCAUGGGUGUUCUCUUCAGUAAAACUCCCUCUGUUCCUCCAUGUUAGAAAUACAAAACUCUCCUUCUGUCCAGAGCUUCUAGAGCCAGACGGACAGACACUAGCUAGAAGAUCACAGAACCUUGACGUGUGAUCCCUUGUGUUAGCCAUGAUGUUAAAUGAGCACAGCACACUGUUAGGAAACAAGACUCAAGACUUAAUGAACGGUGAUCCUUAAAUGGGACUUUUUCCGGGGGUUGGGAUUGUAAAUGUCUUGUAGUGUAUCCAUGGCUUGAGGGCAAUAGCUGUAGUUGAACACAGACACGUUGGUUCUUCUCUGGUGAACUGCAGCAUCUGAAGGUCAAACUGGCGAGGGCGAUGGUGCUCUGAAACUCUCCGAAUAUAAACAUUUAUUCUGGUCCUGCAGAACACUGGACUAGAAUCAGUCAUGUAUAUUCUAGUAAUCAACAGAGUUCUAGAACAUUCAUGUUGACCCUGUCAGUUCUAGAACAUUCCGGUUGACCCUGUCAGUUCUAGAACAUUCCUGUUGACCCUGUCAGUUCUAGAACAUUCUGGUUGACCCUGUCAGUUCUAGAACAUUCCUGUUGACCCUGUCAGUUCUAGAACAUUCCGGUUGACCCUGUCAGUUCUAGAACAUGAACACGACGACAGUCAGAUAGAUACACUGACAGUAUCCCGGUCUGGUCACACUGUCACACUACACUACCCAGAGUUCUACAGCAGGUUUAGUCACAUGGUAGUCAUGUUAUUGCCUUGCUAUUGGCUGGUGUUAUACACUGUUACUAUGGUUACUAUAAGAGAGACAGUGCUAGUGAUGUUAACAGAACUACAGUAGGCCUGUGAAAUGGUUGGUGUGUGUGUCCGGGGGGACUGAGGUGACCAUUGUGACACUGAGUUCAAACACAGGCCACACAACAUACAUUGUUCUGUUCUGACGAGAGAGAGAGAGAAAGAGAGAGAGAGAGAGAGAGAGAGAGAGGGUUUGGCUUCUCUCCUCUCUUUGUGUUGUAGUGUCUCUCUAGACCAGGUUGUAGUGUCUCUGUGGUGUCUCUCUAGACCAGGUUGUAGUGUCUCUGGACCAGGUUGUAGUGUCUCUGUAGUGUCUCUCUAGCCCAGGUUGUAGUGUCUCUAGACCAGGUUGUAGUGUCUCUGUAGUGUCUCUCUAGACCAGGUUGUAGUGUCUCUGUAGUGUCUCUCUAGACCAGGUUGUAGUGUCUCUCUAGACCAGGUUGUAGUGUCUCUCUAGACCAGGUUGUAGUGUCUCUCUAGACCAGGUUGUAGUGUCUCUGUGGUGUCUCUCUAGACCAGGUUGUAGUGUCUCUCUAGACCAGCUUGUAGUGUCUCUCUAGACCAGGUUGUAGUGUCUCUCUAGACCAGGUUGUAGUGUCUCUAGACCAGAUUGUAGUGUCUCUAGACCAGGUUGUAGUGUCUCUGUAGUGUCUCUCUAGACCAGGUUGUAGUGUCUCUCUAGACCAGGUUGUAGUGUCUCUAGACCAGAUUGUAGUGUCUCUAGACCAGGUUGUAGUGUCUCUGUAGUGUCUCUAUAGACCAGGUUGUAGUGUCUCUCUAGACCAGGUUGUAGUGUCUCUCUAGACCAGGUUGUAGUGUCUCUAGACCAGGUUGUAGUGUCUCUAGACCAGGUUGUAGUGUAUCUGUAGUGUCUCUCUAGACCAGGUUGUAGUGUCUCUGUAGUGUCUCUCUAGACCAGGUUGUAGUGUCUCUCUAGACCAGGUUGUAGUGUCUCUCUAGACCAGGUUGUAGUGUCUCUAUAGACCAGGUUGUAGUGUCUCUGUAGUGUCUCUAGACCAGGUUGUAGUGUCUCUAGACCAGGUUGUAGUGUCUCUAGACCAGGUUGUAGUGUCUCUCUAGACCAGGUUGUAGUGUCUCUAUAGACCAGGUUGUAGUGUCUCUAUAGACCAGGUUGUAGUGUCUCUCUAGACCAGGUUGUAGUGUCUCUGUAGUGUCUCUCUAGACCAGGUUGUAGUGUCUCUGUAGUGUCUCUAUAGACCAGGUUGUAGUGUCUCUCUAGACCAGGUUGUAGUGUCUCUCUAGGCCAGGUUGUAGUGUCUCUAGACCAGGUUGUAGUGUCUCUAUAGACCAGGUUGUAGUGUCUCUCUAGACCAGGUUGUAGUGUCUCUCUAGACCAGGUUGUAGUGUCUCUAUAGACCAGGUUGUAGUGUCUCUAGACCAGGUUGUAGCGUCUCUAGACCAGGUUGUAGUCUCUAUAGACCAGGUUGUAGUGUCUCUGUAGUGUCUCUAUAGACCAGGUUGUAGUGUCUCUAGACCAGGUUGUAGCAUCUCUAGACCAGGUUGUAGUGUCUCUGUAGUGUCUCUCUAGACCAGGUUGUAAAGUAACGGGUAUUUAUCUCCAGGAUAACUGAAAAAAUUAACAACACUACGACCAGGUUAGAUUAACAACACUACAACCAGGUUAGAUUACAACACUAUGACCAGGUUAGAUUAACAACACUACGACUAGGUUAGAUUAACAACACUACAACCAGGUGAUAUUAACAACACUACGACCAGGUCAGAUUAACGACCAGGUUAGAUUAACAACACUAUGACCAGGUUAGAUUAACAACACCACGGCCAGGUUAUAUUGACAACACUACGACCAGGUUAGAUUAACAACACUACGACCAGGUCAGAUUAACGACCAGGUUAGAUUAACAACACUAUGACCAGGUUAGAUUAACAACACCACGGCCAGGUUAUAUUGACAACACUACGACCAGGUUAGAUUAACAACACUACGACCAGGUUAUAUUGACAACACCACGGCCAGGUUAGAUUAACAACACUACAACCAGGUUAGAUUAAAAACACUACGACCAGGUUAGAUUAACAACACUAUGACCAGGUUAUAUUGACAACACCACGGCCAGGUUAUAUUAACAACACCACGGCCAGGUUAUAUUGACAACACUACGACCAGGUUAGAUUAACAACACUACGACCAGGUCAGAUUAACGACCAGGUUAGAUUAACAACACCACGGCCAGGUUAUAUUGACAACACUACGACCAGGUUAGAUUAACAACACUAUGACCAGGUCAGAUUAACGACCAGGUUAGAUUAACAACACUACGACCAGAUGAGAUUAACAACACUACAACCAAGUUAUAUUAACAACACUAUGACCAGGUUAGAUUAACAACACCACGGCCAGGUUAUAUUGACAACACCACAGGCCAGGUUAGAUUAACAACACUACAACCAGGUUAGAUUAACAACACUAUGACCAGGUUAGAUUAGCAACACUACGACCAGGUUAGAUUAACAACACUACGACCAGGUUAUAUUGACAACACCACGACCAGGUUAUAUUGACAACACCACGGCCAGGUUAGAUUAACAACACUACGACCAGGUUAGAUUAACAACACUAUGACCAGGUUAGAUUAGCAACACUACGACCAGGUUAGAUUAACGACACUACGACCAGGUUAGAUUAACAACACUACGACCAGGUUAGAUUAACAACACUACGACCAGGUUAUAUUAACGACCAGGUUAGAUUAACAACACUACGACCAGGUUAGAUUAACAACACUACGACCAGGUUAUAUUAACGACCAGGUUAGAUUAACAACACUACGACCAGGUCAGAUUAACGACCAGGUUAUAUUAACAACACUAUGACCAGGUCAGAUUAACGACCAGGUUAGAUUAACAACACUAUGACCAGGUUAUAUUGACAACACCACGGCCAGGUUAGAUUAACAACACUACGACCAGGUCAGAUUAACGACAAGGUUAUAUUGACAACACCACGGCCAGGUUAGAUUAACAACACUACGACCAGGUUAUAUUGACAACACCAUGGCCAGGUUAGAUUAACAACACUACGACCAGGUUAUUUUGACAACACCACGGCCAGGUUAGAUUAACAACACUACGACCAGGUUAUAUUGACAACACCACGGCCAGGUUAGAUUAACAACACUACGACCAGGCACACACAGUCUCAAAUGGAACCCUUUUCCACAGCUCCCUAUGUGGGACCUGGCCAAAAGUAGUGUACUACGUAGGGGAUAGAGUACCAUUUGGGUCAGACACAAAAUAAUCUGCCUCUGUGCCAAACCCAUCCACAGAACCAGUGAACCAUCUUGACUGUAUCUCCUGUAGCUCAGGACAGGAGCUUCAUGUUGGGCCCUCCUGGGUCUGAUCCACACAUCAGAGCUAUGUUCAGGAUCCCCAGUGUUAUGGAACAUUACCUAAUAAACAGUUUUGCAAAGUU